ACUCGCAGCAGCGCCUGCCCGCCUGCGCCCCUCUCCCGCGCUCAGUCCUCCUGCAGCAGCUCGCCGUGUGCCCCUCGCCCUCCUGCCCACCUGCCGCCGCCAUGGCCGCCUCCUCCGCGCGGCCCGCCGUCCUGGCCCUGAUCGGGCUGGCGCUGCUCCUGCUGCUGUGCCUGGGCCCAGGUGGCAUAAGUGGAAAUAAACUCAAGCUAAUGCUUCAAAAACGAGAAGCACCUGCUCCAGCCAAGACUAAAGUGGCUGUCGAUGAGAACAAAGCCAAAGAAUUCCUCGGCAGCCUGAAGCGCCAGAAGCGGCAGCUGUGGGACCGGACCCGGCCCGACGUGCAGCAGUGGUACCAGCAGUUCCUCUACAUGGGCUUCGACGAAGCGAAAUUUGAAGAUGACAUCACCUAUUGGCUUAAUAGAGAUCGAAAUGGGCACGAGUACUACGGUGAUUACUACCAACGUCACUACGAUGAAGACUCUGCGAUUGGUCCCCGGAGCCCCUACUCCUUUAGGCACGGAGCCAGCGUCAACUACGACGACUACUAACCAUGACGUGCCACACAGUGCACGAGAAACCAACAGUGAUUCUCUUCAUGUGUCUCCUAAAGGCUCAUACUACUUGGUUUCUGUUUUGCUUUAUUUCAGGUCUUUUCGACCUACUUUGUGUGACCAGCGAGUUAAAGCAAGGCAUGUAAAUGCCUUUUUGAUAUUUCAUACAGGUAUAUCUAACAAUGUAUCUCAGUAAGAAAUAGAAAUAAAGCAUUUUGUUAAAAAGAAA